UUUUCUCCAUGUCUCUCUGUUUUCCUUUUGAGGUUUGGGGCGGUCCUUUUGAUCGACGAGAAAAGGGAUACUUUACUGUUCGACAUCCUGAAUCGAUCAAUCGAUUGGUCUUUUGAUUCUCGUAACCCCAGUGUUCGAGCAUGCUCGGAAUCCCCAGUGAUUACUCCACCAUUUCAGCUAGGAGUUGAGCUAUAAUAUUAAAGGAGAAUAAUGUCUUCCCCAAGUAAGAGGAGAGAUAUGGAUGUCAUGAAGCUGAUGAUGAGUGAUUAUACUGUGGAGCCAAUCAAUGAUGGAAUUAAUGAAUUCAAUGUUGAAUUCCACGGUCCAAAAGAAAGCCUUUAUGAAGGUGGAGUGUGGAAAGUCCGUGUUGAGUUGCCAGAUGCUUAUCCUUACAAGUCCCCUUCCAUUGGAUUUCUAAACAAAAUAUUCCACCCAAACGUUGAUGAGCUGUCUGGUUCUGUAUGCUUGGAUGUUAUCAACCAAUCUUGGAGUCCAAUGUUUGAUUUGCUGAAUGUCUUUGAGGUCUUCCUUCCACAGCUCUUGCGUUACCCAAAUCCUUCAGAUCCAUUAAAUGGGGAUGCAGCUUCAUUGAUGCUCAAGGACCAACAACAAUAUGAGCACAAAGUGAAAGAGUACUGUGAGCGAUAUGCAAAGAGGGAGAACAUUACCAACGUUCCCACCGAAGAGAGUAGUGAUGAUGAGGACAUUAGCGAUGGGGAAUGCGAGUCAAGUGAUGAUGAAGUUGCAGGGCAUGCAGACCCAUGAGGAGUAUGUAUGCUCUUGUUGUCAUCACUCAUCAGCUUGAACCCACCCAUCAUUUCCCGUUUAUUACCAUCCUCCAUUUGUAAAACUAUAUAUAUUCAAUUGUUUAUAUAAAUUUUAUUUAGGUAGUUUAUAAAUGGUAGCAUGUGAACAUCGUGUAGUUAAAUUCAACAAAGCUAAACAUGAAAAAACCAACGAGAUGAUUUAAGUAAAUUAAAAGAAAAACAUUUAUAUUUAG